UUCCUGGACUUUUUAGUUUGCGCGAGAGAGAGAGGAACUGUGUGCGCAGUGCAGCCGGUUUAUCGCACUGCUGAGAUCAGCGAGCAGUGAAAGCAGAGUUCUUCUUCUUCUUCUCCUCUUGUACCGAGCGCUUCUUCUGGAUUGGCGGACCGAUCUGGUUUGUUCGUGCGUCUUGCGCUGCGCUGUGACAUUGGCGCGGCCGCCGCUGAGCAGAGCAGGCUGGCGGGCUGCUGCUCGGGCUCCAUGGAGGAGAAAGCCAGGGGCGACAGCGCUGAGGAACACGACCCGACCUCCGCAUCCCACCAGCGGAGGAUGUGGAAGAAUUUCCAGGACAGGACCAAGCCGUUUCUGAGCCCGAAACUGGGUUCGGAAAGACGCAGCGCGGACGGUAAGAAAGAGAGCGGCUUGUGGAUGUUCAAGCGCAAAAAGAAACCGGUUCUGGACCGCAUCUUCUCAUCGUCUCAGCCGAACCUGAGCAGCUCGACUCCGGCGUCUCUCCACAGCGACAAAGCGGUACCGAGCUGCACCGAAGGACCCACCAAGUCCCGGCUCGCUGCUGUGCAGAGAGACCCCGCAGCGGCGCGCGUUUACCCGCAGGACGUGUCGGUGUCGGCCCACGGCAGCCCGCGGCUCACUGCGCAUCAUUUCAGCGCGUCUCAGCCCAAAAGCUCGUCCCUGGGCUCGGCGUGCUUCGAGACGCUCGUGCUGGACUCGGCAGCCACUUCCGGUCAGGACGAGAUGACAGAUUCGGGCAUCAACACCGUAGGGCCGAGUAAUGCAGAGCCGCCUGCCCUCAUCAGCCCCGGGAUGUACCAACUGGACAUCGUGCUGAAAAAGGGCAUUAAUCUUGCCAUUAGGGACAGAGGAGGCACCAGUGACCCUUAUGUGAAGUUUAAGAUCGCAGGGAAAGAGGUUUUCCGCAGCAAGACCAUUCACAAGAACCUGAACCCGGUAUGGGAUGAGAAAGUGACCCUGCUGGUGGAUAAUAUUAGAGAACCGCUCUAUGUUAAGGUCUUUGACUAUGACUUUGGCCUGCAGGAUGACUUCAUGGGCUCUGCAUAUCUUUACCUGGAGUCCCUGGAACAGCAUAGGACCGUGGACGUGACCCUUGACCUGAAGGACCCCCACUAUCCUGACCAUGACCUGGGCUCUCUGGAACUGGUGGUCACUCUCAGUCCUAAAGAAGGGGACUUCAGGGAAGCUACCAUGCUUUUGAGAAGGAGCUGGAAAAGAUCCAGUAAGCACCAGAGUCUGAGGUUAUCAGACAUCCACAGGAAAGCCCAGCUGUGGAGAGGAAUUGUCAGCAUCAGUUUAAUCGAAGGUCGUAACCUCCAGCCAAUGGACACUAACGGCUUGAGCGACCCAUAUGUCAAAUUCAGAAUGGGCCACCAGAAAUACAAAAGCAAGACAAUACACAAGACGUUGAACCCUCAGUGGAGAGAACAGUUUGAUUUCCAUUUGUAUGAGGAGGGAGGUGGCUUUAUAGACAUCACUGUGUGGGACAGAGACGCCGGCAAGAGAGACGACUUCAUGGGCAGGUGUCAGGUGGACCUCUCUCGCCUGUCUAAGGAGUGCACACACAAGCUGGACCUGCUGCUGGAGGAGGGCGAGGGCACACUGGUGUUACUGGUCACCCUUACCGCUUCAGCUGCCGUCUCCAUCUCAGACCUUUCUGUCAACAUGUUCGACGACCCGCACGAGAGGAGAGAGAUUCUGCACAGAUAUAGUCUGCUGAGAUCCUUUCACAGCAUUAAAGACGUUGGUGUGGUGCAGGUGAAAGUCAUCCGGGCAGAGGGACUGAUGGCAGCUGAUGUUACAGGCAAGAGUGACCCCUUCUGUGUCGUGGAGCUCAGCAAUGACCGUUUACAGACACACACUGUGUACAAGAACCUCAACCCAGAGUGGAAUAAAGUGUUCACGUUCAACGUGAAAGACAUCCACUCCGUGCUGGAGGUUACGGUCUAUGACGAAGAUCGGGAUCGAAGCGCUGACUUCCUGGGAAAAGUUGCUAUUCCGCUCCUGAGCAUCCAAAAUGGUGAACGGAAAGCUUACGCCUUGAAAAGCAAGGAGCUGACAGGGCCAACAAAAGGGGUCAUCUUUCUCGAAAUAGACGUGAUUUAUAAUGCUGUUAAAGCGGGACUGAGGACGCUGAUCCCCAUCGAGCAGAAAUAUAUCGAAGAAGAGCCUCGAGUUUCCAAACAGUUACUCCUGCAGAACUUUAACCGAGUGCGGCGCUGCAUCAUGUUCCUCAUAAACACUGGCUGCUACAUCAACAGCUGCUUCGAGUGGGAGUCUCCUCAGAGGAGCAUCUGUGCCUUCCUUCUCUUCAUAGUGGUGGUGUGGAACUUUGAGCUCUACAUGAUCCCGCUGGCUCUGCUGCUCCUGCUGGCCUGGAAUUACGUCCUCAUCGCUUCGGGGAAGGACAGCAGACAGCGAGACGUGCAAGCAGUGGAGGAUUUGCUGGAGGGUGAGGACGAGGACUCUGACAGAGAUGACAAGGUGCCGGGCUCUGCCCCCUCCCAUGAUGGCCGUCUGCCCGGAAGCCAUAUCCUUGAGGAUAUUUUGGCUUCCUGGCAUUUUGAAUGGAUUCACGUGAUGGUGGACUCAGAGAAAAAAGGAUUCAUGAACAAGUUGUAUGCCAUUCAGGAUGUUUGCAUCAGUGUGCAAAGUGCUCUGGAUGAAGUGGCCUCCUAUGGCGAGAGGAUAAAAAAUACUUUCAAUUGGACCGUGCCUUUUCUCAGCUGGCUGGCCAUAGUGGUGCUGUGUGUGGCCAUGCUUAUAGUUUACUUCGUUCCUCUCAGAUACAUCAUCCUGGCCUGGGGGGUGAAUAAAUUCACGAAGAAGCUGCGAAACCCAUACGCCAUUGACAACAACGAGCUGCUGGACUUCCUCUCCAGAGUGCCCUCCGAUGUGCAAGUGGUGCAGUACCAAGAGCUGAAACUGGAUCCAAGUCACAGCCCAAAUAAGAGAAAGAAAAAUAACCCAGGAUAGCUCUCUUCCUUCUCCCAUGGACUCAGACUUAGCAUGCCACGGACCGGCACUGAUUUGGACCGGCUAGGUGUUCUUCCUCUCUCUCUCUCUCUCUUUCUCUCUCUCUCUCUAAUCCUCUGUCUCGACAGAGGAGCACAAAUGGUGAAUGUGAAAAUAGAGGAGCACUUUUAAUUAUUACCAUGAGGGUUUCCGCCAUACUUGUUUACUUUUAGUGCAGAGGAGAGUGUGAAAAACUCUUGACCCCUUUUAGAGUCGUACGGCAGGAGCUAUUUGUCACUGGCUGGCAUCAGGCAGAUGGCUCUAAAAGCCAAGGUGUCCUUCCAGCGCAGCAGAGGGAGACCAGAGACAGGGAACGGCUUCAGCCACAAAUAGCAGGAUCAGCUGAUAACACCGCCAGCCACAGUGGCACAUCACGUCUCUAUCUUGGAGGGGAAAUAUGAUGGUUAGGUUGCAGUUUGCACCCUGUAAUUUCCACAAUGUGGUAAGGUAGUGCGCUGAAACCCGACGUCCUCCAGAGCAGUUAUUAGAGUUGUCAGCUAAGCCUCUUUACAGUUCGAUUUAUAGCUUCAACUAAAGUGUUUGGGGGGGAACAACUGCCUGGUCCGAGAGCCAGUAUUUAUUCAUCUGGGAUAUUUGUUUGAGGUAAUCGUGUUAUUUUAAGAGGAUGAAUGAUGCAUGCUCGGUGUAUUUGCGGUAAAAAAGACUGGCAUGUUUACAAGAGGCAUAUUAGUUUUGGUGACAAAAUCCAUUUUGGUUACUGAACACUAGCCCGCACUAAAUCUUCUCCCUGCCUCUCUCGAGCCGCACUGCAGUGUGUCCGGGUCGCCACGAGGUGCCACCCUGUUAAUACGGAUGUCACUGUGGGUAGAAUGGAGGGUGCAUAGCAGGUGCACAGCGCUAAUCAAGUUACAAACGCAUCUCUUUUCCACUGUUUACUGUAGAUUCAGUUUCCAAAAAUGAGGACAGGCAGCCAAACUUAGAGGGCAGCUUUGUGGGUGUCUUCAUUGUAGGGAAUAGCUUUCUUGAAAAUGUCAAUAGUGUGUGACAAGCUGCUUCAGGGACUUGGCAGGGGUGCGGCAGAGGGCAGGAGUUUACCACCACUGCUGUGGAGGGAAGAGGACCAAGAGGGCGUAGCAUGCCCUUUUUUUUCUGAACCUCUUCCAGUCAUCCCUUUCUGAAUUUGGCACGCCAUGCUUUUUCCUCUCCUUCAUCCAUUCGGUUGAGUGAGAGGUCACAGCCUGAACCUCCUGAGAGAUCUCUACUGAGAAAGUGUUGAAAGAUCACAGCGCCAUCAGAGGAGGCUUCGGUCCUUCCAUGAAGAGUUUUUUUUUUUUUUUCUCAAAAAAGAACCCCCCAAAAAAACCCUCCCUUAUAUUCAUGCUUUUCUAUCAGCACAUCUGUCAUAUGGAAAGCCCACUGAUUUCUCUGAAAGCAUUUCUUUACAAAGACAACACACUCCCCAUUGACCAAGACACUGAUGGUACCGAAGUGAUCUCUAUUAUUUAAAAAAAAAAAAAGAACACUCUCGAAGAAGAAGAAGAAGAAAUGUUUGGAAACUGCUGAAAGGGAGGACUUUUCUAAGCCUGAAUGUGUACGUGCUGUUCAACUUUCUUUUAAUUGUUCCGUAGACGUAUCAUGUGGCUUGUGCAUCUCCCAUCCAGGAACUGGUUUCUUUUUUCAUAAUGCAUAUAAUCUACGUUUGCAAGCAAACCAAAGUGGAACUUUUUAACAUUAUCAAUGUCGAAUGUAACAUUUCCAUAA